AUGGCUCCUCGGGUCAAGGGUAAAGGUGUCAAGGGUCAUAGAGGUUCUCGAACCAUCGCCGCAGCCGCUAUUACCACCAACUCCACCUCUUCUGGGACUUCAGUUGUGCCAGAUUUUCAGUCAGGACCACUUACCCAGCAACCAUAUUUGAUGGUGCCUAAUCCAGGCUACACUAUUCUUCCUCUACCAACUUGGCCUACUCCAGGAUGUAUGGGCCCUCCACCACCCCCUCUUCCAAUUUCGAUUCCUCCUCCGUCUCGCAAUUCCAGCCUAUUAGUUGAUUCAGAGACACCUGGAAGCUCUAGUACAUCUCCUCCACCAGAAACUGCAUCGGUUCCUAAUGUUGUCACAAAACAAAGAUUGGUUCCAGAUGGAAAAACAAGUUGGUUACCUUUCCCUCCUGGUUCGCAAAAGAUUAUAGAGAUCAUCAAGAAACGGUAUGAUAAACCAUAUAAAAAGUUUAGGGAUGUCCCUCUUCUGACAAAGAAGCUUUGGUUUAAGGAGUGGAAGAGCCAUUUUCUUAUUGAUGACGAUAAUGAGGAGUUUUUUUGGAAGGCUUUCAAAUAUAGGACAAGUAAGCGAUUUAGCCAAAUGAUGUCGGAUAUCCGUGAGGGUGUGGAUACAACCCACGAAUGGCUAAUUCCUGCUUACAAAAAGUUGUUGGAAAAGUAUUGGGAAACGGAUGAGAAAUGGAAAAAUAUAAGGAAAAAAGCGAGGGAGAAUCGAGCGUCACUCUUAGGUGGUUCUGUCCAUUGCGGUGGUUCUAUUCCACUGAGCUCAACUAUAGAGAGGAUGAAGAAGCAGUUAGACCGUACACCAACUCAUGAGGAAGUCUUCAAGGAAACCCACACACUUAAAAGUGACAAGUCUAAAUGGGUGGACAAACGCUCUCAAGACACUCAUGAGAAGUUUAUAAAAAAGUUAGCAGAAGUUCAGGCCCAACAUGUCGAGGCUCAAGCACAAGGAAUGGAGCUACCACCAAUUGAUGAAGACUUGAUUUGGAGGAAAGCAUCUACAAAUCAAAAUUCUGUUCCUGAUUUGCGAGAGCAGAUUCAUAAUCUCAAUGAAGAGCUUUUUCAACGUGUUACUCAACAGACAGAUGAGCGUAUUAGUAAGUUGUUAGAUACACGCUUGGCUCCUUUGGAAAAGACUCAAAAGAAGCUAGAAAAGUUAGAACGAGCAAUUGGAAAGGCCAAGAAGGAAAAGCUGAAACAGAAGAGAUGGAAUGAGGCUUAUGUUAGCUAUUACAAGAAGGUUAGAGCAUCAAGUAGUUCCACUACUGCUCCACCGCCACCGCCACCGCCACCGCCGCCACCUUCAAUCUCUUCGGAUGAAGACUAUGAUGAUGAUGGGGAUGAAGAUGACACUGAGGACUAUAGUUGA